UCUCUGUCGCUGCAAUAGGCGGCAGCGCUGUUGCUUUGGAAAGCAUACACUGGUCAGGUAAACUGCUUGGACUUUAUCGGAAAGGCAUUGAAACACAGCAGGGCAGGAUUGGAUUGCAAGAAGUUCACAAACAAACAACACUGAGGACUGUCUUAGUGUUACAUGAAAGGAUAAACUGUUAAACUGGCUUCUAUUUCGCGGAGCGAAUAAUCUGAAAGAUUGAAAACUGUGUUGCACCAGAAAAGAAGGUGGAAAUCGGCGGGAAUGGCUUCAUCUCCCUGCAGUAAUAGCAGCUUCGACUCCGGGCUUGAGAUCAAAACUCGGUCCGUGGAGCAGACACUCAUCCCUCUGGUUUCCCAAAUUACAACCCUGAUCAAUCACAAGGACAAGCUGAAGAAAUCCGAGCGGACGCUGCAGGCCCUCCAGAGGGUCGGCCAGGCUGUGAACGUGGCCGUGGGGCGAUUCGUCGCCGUGGGCGAGGCCAUCGCCGCCGAGAACCAGGAGCUGAAGGAGGAGAUGAGCCUGGCGUGCUCCGAGGCACGCCGCGCGGGAGAUGCCAUUGCCAGGUUCACAGAGGUAGCCAACGCUGAGAAGCCAGAGUCAGACGGGUGGAGCACCAUCUUCAGUGACAGGACAGGCAUGGUGAAGGCCGCCAGGAUGCUACUGUCCUCCGUCACCAAAGUUCUGGUGCUGGCAGACCGCAUCGUUGUUAAACAGAUCGUCACCUCCCGGAACAAAGUACUGAUCACCCUAGAGCAGCUGGAGAGAGUGUGCAGCUUCCAAGAGUUUGUCCAGAUGUUUAGCCAGUUUGGGAACGAGAUGGUGGAGUUUGCACAUCUGACAGGAGACAGGCAGAAUGAUCUGAAGGAUGAGAAGAAAAAGGCCCGCAUGGCUGCUGCCCGUGCUGUGCUGGAGAAGUGCACCAUGAUGCUACUCACAGCCUCCAAAACCUGCCUCAGACACCCAGACUGCGAGUCUGCGCGCAUCAACAAGGACGCAGUUUUCCAGCGCAUGCGCUUUGCCCUGGAGCUGGUCAUCCGGAUCGUGACUGACACCCGGACGGGCACAGACGCCCACGUCCUGCCCAUCAGCAUCUACUCGGAGAUCAGGGACUUCAAGGCUAAGGUGGAGGGCCUGAGGGAGGAGCUGUAUUCCCUGCCUGGGGAUAGUCUAGCUACCAUGCUGGAUCGCAUUGUGGAACUGACGGAGGACUUCACAGAUUCGGCCUACACCAGCCACGAGCACAGAGAGAGCAUCUUGCAGCUUUGCCACCUCUCCAGACAGGAACUGGGGCAGCUGUGUGUCCACUGGGCAGAUGCUAAGUCCCUCAAAGCCAAAGAGGCCUCUGAGGAAAUGGAGAUCAGCAUUCUGAAGACCUGUCAGAGAGUGAAUGAACUACGGCGGGAACUCCAUAGGGCAGCGGUGGGGCCAGCAAUGGACCUGCUGAAGUACCAUGCUGACAAUGUCGUUCUGAAGGCCCUGAAGGUGUCUGGAGGAGAGGGCAACCUGGAGGGCGUGGCAGAGUACUCUUGCAGGCUGACCGAGCAGAAGGAGCAGCUAGUCGAGACUUGUCAACUUCUACGUCACAUCUCAGGGACAGAGCCACUGGAGAUCACCUGUAUACAUGCUGAGGAGACCUUUCAGGUCGUUGGGCCACAGAUAAUCUCUGCAGCACAGACACUUGCACUCCAUCCAUCCAGUAAAAUUGCCAAAGAGAACCUGGAGGUGUUCAGUGAGGCCUGGGAGUCACAGCUCAGUGAUUUGUCCAUCCUGCUGAAGGAGAUCAAUGAUGUGUUUGAGGGACGGAGAGGAGAUAAAAGGAACUACUUGUCCUUACCACGACCUGGGAAACAUUCAUCAAACCUGAAGACAGUAAAGGCUCUCAAGCUUGAUGCUGAGGAACAGUCUGCUGCAGCCAAGCUGGGCCUGGAGCUGAGGCUGCUGAUGUCAGAUAUAGACUCCGAGAGCGAGAAGUGGGAUGACCAGGAGCAUGAAAUCGUCCGUCAGGCACAGAGCAUGUCCAGUAUGGCCUACUCCAUAUACAUUUUCACCAGAGGAGAAGGACUCUUGAAAACAACUUUGGAUUUAUUUCGCCAAGCUGAGGUGUUUUCAGAGGAGGGUUUUCAGCUGUGCUCUUCUCUGCAGUCGCUCUCCUCGCAGUUAGAUGAUGAGGAGAAGGUGGUGAUUGUGUCUGAGGCAGAGAGGCUGGCAGCUGCAUGUCAGCAGCUGCAGGUAACAGCAAGGACCAUGGUACAGGGCAAGAGCGCCACCUUCCUGAAGGUUGAGUCGUCCAUACAGAGUACCAAAAGCAUCCUGACAAUUGUAGUUAACCUCCUACCUGUUUGCCACAAGCUCAUCAGAAAGAACCAGUCAGACAGCAGCAGUCUGAGUUCUCCCCUUAGCUGGAGAGAGAAAUACUUGCCCAGCCCUAUUAGAGGGGACCUGCUCAACAGCAGGAGCACCAAUGGUUUUGGAGUGAAGUCUCUGGAGCAUCACAUGGCCAGCCUCACCUUCCUGGAGAGCAAGUAGCCCUGUCCACAACAUCACCUGGCUGACAGGAGCUCACAGUGUGCACUGCUAUAUGCUUUGUCAUAGAGGGCAGUGUAGAGUCCCAGACUGACAGAGCUUCUCCUACAGUGGCUUUUAGAACACCACACUCUUCAGAUGGGUCCCGGCAGUCAAGGAGUACAUUGCUUUGUUGCUGUGUCAGAAUCUCUCGGUCUCAGACCCCUGCCAAUAAACGGCAGGAAAAACAAAAUAUUGCAUGAUCUUUGUCACCUGGUAUUCUUUAAAAACAUCAGGGGCUUGUUCUUUCUAUUAUUUUACAUGGGGCUCCAGCCACAUUUAAUUAUGCCACAAUCUUUUUCACAGUUGAAAUUGUUACCUGAUUUAUGUUAGGCUUUGACAACCAGUACAGUACUUCAGUGCAGUAAGCAAGUGACGCAUCUGUCAGCAUCCGCCAUAUGAAAUGAUAAAAAACAGUAAUGAGAUGUAAAACCGUAGAUUUACAGAGAGCCAGCACUUCUCUGAUACUCAUUUUGCUGUUGAUUAGCAAAGACGGUUAUCUGGAACAUGAUUUCUCAUUGUUAUCAUACUCACCUGUUUGAUGAAAUUUUAGAACCCUUAUAAGGACCUGUGUCUGCAUUCUGUUAGAAGUAACAUCACAUUUUACUGGCAUUCAGCAUGUAUGAAUUUGUUAGAAAUAUUGAUUGACUUGGGUCUUGGGUAAAUUUUUAUUUUAAAAGCACAAAUGACCUCUUGCGUUUGAAGGAAACAUUAGUCACUUACAAAUGUAAUCGACUGCAUUGUGUUUCAGUAAACAACCAGUGGUACGACGUGCUGCCAGUUAAGCCAAGAGAAAGACCAGGACAGGAUGAGUAAACAAAAAGUAUAUUUACCUGAUAUCACAGCAUUAAAGGAGCCACUGCUCUAAAUAAAUCCUGUGUGUGUAUGCUGCCUCAAGAACCCGAAGGGCUCCUGCCUCUCAGCGAUCAUAUUGCUUUAUCAAAAAGUGACCUGUUUCUUUACAUUUUUUAACUUAAAAAGAAAACACUUGGCUAACUAAGCUUUCUAUUUAAUGUUAUGCUAUAAAGAAUGAACUGCUUUCCAACUCUGGCAAAGAAUGCAUUAGAACCGUUCAUGAUUACUUACAAUAUUAUUGGUUAUGACAAGUGAAGGAUGAUCAGCUGCACCAUGGAUACAACGUUUAAUAUCAUGUAGCCUGAGUUUCAAAAUGUAACAAGUAGCAGAGAAUGUUUCAGACUAGUACCCACCUAUAUAGUAGUUGUCUUAUGAACAAGCAAGUAAUAUAAUUCACCCUGUUGUUUUCACUCCCUUUGGUCCCAUUGUGUAAAUAUUACCAUGGUGGGUGAAUCGUUCAU